AAAAAACCCAAACCCAUCACCGUCCCCCGAGGACACGGCGGCUGCAACAAAAGCCACGGGCGCUGCUGCUCUGCUGUUUGCUGCUGCCUGCGGUUUCGCUAUCUCUUCUCCCCCACUCCUCCCUCCCCAUCCCUCCGCGGCCACCUUCCAAUCCAAGCUCUGCACCGCGCGCCGCCGCCCCCCUACUCAUGGCGCCGCUGCCCCGCCCCGCAGCCGUCCUCGCAUGGGGUUCGGGGGAGGACGGGCAGCUGGGCAUGGGCGGGUGCGACGAGAAGGACUGGGCCCACCGCGUCGCCGCGCUGGAUCCGUACGCCGUCUCCGCUGUCGUCGCCGGCAGCCGCAACUCCCUCGCCAUCUGCGACGACGGCCGCCUCUUCACGUGGGGGUGGAACCAGCGGGGCACGCUCGGCCACCCGCCGGAGACCAAGACGGAGAGCUCCCCGGCACCCGUGGAGGCCCUCGCCGGUGUCAAGAUCGUGCAGGCGGCGAUCGGUGGGUGGCAUUGCCUGGCAGUGGAUGACAAGGGGCGCGCCUAUGCUUGGGGGGGCAACGAGUAUGGGCAGUGCGGGGAGGAGCCUGAGAGAAAGGAGGAUGGCACAAGGGCGCUCAGGAGGGACAUCCCCACCCCGCAGCGGUGUGCUCUCAAGCUCAAAGUUCAGCAAGUAGCUGCUGGGGGGACCCACUCAGUGGUUUUGACACAAGAAGGUCAUGUCUGGACAUGGGGGCAACCAUGGCCUCCGGGUGAUAUCAAGCAAAUAUCCACGCCAGUACGUGUGCAAGGUCUUGAAAAAGUGAUGAUGAUUGCUGUAGGGGCAUUCCAUAAUUUGGCACUAUCAGAAGACGCAGUUUUGUGGGCGUGGGGUAAUAAUGAGUAUGGUCAGCUGGGGAUUGGAGAUACCCAACCAAGAUCACAACCGAUCCGUGUCGAAGGGCUAUCUGGCCUCUCGUUGGUUGACAUUGCUGCUGGAGGUUGGCAUUCAACCGCAUUAACUAAAGAUGGGGAGGUCUAUGCUUGGGGAAGAGGGGAACAUGGGAGGCUUGGCUUUGGUGAUGAUAAGAGUAGUCACAUGGUGCCCCUAAAGGUUCAGCUUCUAGAUGGAGAGGAUAUUGUCCAGGUAUCAUGCGGAGGGACCCAUUCGGUUGCGCUAACUAGUGAUGGACGAAUAUUUUCUUACGGGAGGGGCGAUCAUGGCCGUCUAGGCUACGGUAGGAAGGUGACAACGGGUCACCCAAUGGAAGUGCCCCUAAACUUGCCACCGCCGAAGACUAGCGCCGGCCCUGACGGGCUAUGGCAGGCCAAUUUUGUGGCCUGUGGCGGGCGGCACACGCUGGCCAUUGUGACAUGGACUGAUAUGUAACCACCAGGCAGCAUGGUCGCUUAGUGUAUUAAUCGAAGUUGAGGUUAUAAUAACGGAGAAUAAGAACAGAUACUUUGCGGAGAUACGGAACGAGCUUCUCCUUUGGUGGUUGCUGAGUUGGGUUGCCUGCGGUGUCUGAAUGAAUCACAUUUCAGGCUUCCAUAGAAUGUUCUGAUUACCAAAUUUUGCCAAGAGUUUUCUGUGAGCUGUGUUCUCUCUUUGGCUGACAUGGCCAGCUAUUUCGAUAUUUGGAUCAUCUUUACUGGAGUCUGGGGAAAAAGAUUGUAUGAACAUGUGAGCUGGCAGAUGAGAACACUGAAAGUUGGAAUGAACAAAUGGACAUGAACAUUUGCCUCACAUGGAAGUGGCAAUAUGUAGACAGUGAAAUCUUAAAAGAAAGACUGAUAUUUGAGCAGGCCUAAAAAAAAGAGACUGAUAUUUGAGCA